UUGGUGGCCUGAGUCAAAGAACCACCUCUGCACUAUAUAGCGUCAGCAUCACAUCUGCGCUCUGAUUGGCUCCCUGCAGAUUGCGUCACCUUUCCCCCAGCGGGAGGCCACGCCCCCUUCCCAGCCCACCGUGGACUCUGGUCUGCUGUGGGAGGAAGGACACUCUCCGGCUGCAUGUUCACUAUGGAGCCCAACCUGGUGAUUCUGGUGGCCGUUUCUCUGGUCGUGGCGACGGUGUUGUACCUGCUCCUGGGAUCAGAGAAGAAGAAGAAGCUUCCUGUUACGCUGCAGGAUCCAACAGUCAAAUAUCCACUUCCUCUAAUUCACAAGCAGGAGAUCAGCCACGACACCAAGAAGUUCCGCUUCGGCCUCCCGUCUGGGAGCCACAUCCUCGGCCUGCCAGUAGGGCAGCACGUCUACCUGUCCGCCAAGGUGAGCGGCAGCCUGGUGGUCCGAGCCUACACCCCCGUCUCCAGCGACGAGGACCAGGGAUUCGUGGACCUGGUGGUCAAGGUUUACUACAAGAACAUCCACCCGUCGUACCCGGACGGAGGCAAAAUGUCUCAGUACCUGGACAGCAUGACGUUAGGAGACACCAUAGACUUCAGGGGACCCAACGGGCUGCUGGUGUACAAAGGAAAAGGUCAGUUCUCCAUCCGAGCCGACAAGAAGUCGGAGGCGAAGGUGAAGAAGUUCAGGCACGUGGCGAUGAUCGCAGGAGGAACAGGUAUCACUCCCAUGCUGCAGCUGCUUCGUAGGAUCACGUCCGACCCGUCCGACGGCACCAAGUGUUCGCUGAUAUUCGCCAACCAGACGGAGAAGGACAUCCUGCUGAGGGAGGAGCUGGAGGAGGUGCAGAAGAACCAUCCUGGGAGAGUGAAGCUGUGGUUCACGCUGGACAAACCUCCACAGGACUGGAAGUUCAGCUCAGGGUUCGUGACGGCCGACAUGAUCCAGAAGCAUCUUCCAGCAGCGUCCAGCGACGUCCUGGUCGUCCUCUGCGGGCCGCCGCCCAUGAUCCAGAACGCCUGCCUGCCCAACCUGGACAAACUGGGCCACAAGACGGAAAACAUCUUCGCCUACUAGUGUUGUUGUUUUGUUUUUUUUAAAUCCCGAGUCGGUUUAUUCCCUCCAUCAUUCAGCCACAAAAUCAAAAAUCACAGAAGGCCAUAAAAUCCAGAAAGUCUUUUUAUUAUGUGUGAUCUUUGAUGUCCUGGAUCAUGUGUAACUACCAUCAAGAUAUUUGUAUUUAAAAUAAAAUUCCUACAGAUUCA